GACCUUGAGGAGCCAAUCGUCGUCAAUUUGUUGGCCAAGUUACUAGUUCAAGGUCGCAUGUAAACCAACCAGCCUAUAGCUAGAUAUCUGGUUGGACGCGUCGCUUAAGUGCAUGCCUGAUGGUGGAAGUCUGAUGUGUUAGGCUUGGGCGUUGGACUUGGUGGAUGUAUAAUGAACGGCACCCAGUUGAUUGAAAGAGGAUUUCAAAUUCAUUCAGCCAAAAUGAAGUCAGAUGCAGCUGAUGGACUGGAGGAAGGUAACACAUCGCUAAAUGCAGAUCAAAUACUGCAACAAAUUGUACAUCCAUACGGAUUAUGGCAGUGGUCCAUUGCCCUGCUACUGAUGUUCAGCUGCAGUUCUUUGAUGACAUUCCCUGUCUAUGCGAAUUCUGCAUCCCCGCACCGCUGUCGCAUGGAAGAACGAGUAGAAGACUAUAUCGUGCGGCAAAAUUUCUCUUUUGAAUACGUUGCAUCACGAAUAGGUCACUGGGGCAAUUCCUCACCUCACUGGACUACACACCUGCCCGGAUGCCAUCGUUAUAAAGCUGAAUGGGAUACCGUGGAUCUGGAAACUAUAUUCUUUUCGGAGAAAAAGCACUUUCAAAAUUUCACCCCACUGGAAAACUGUGGUCUGGGUUAUGUUCAUGAAGAUAAUCCACGCUAUUACCCGGGGAGCGCGUCAGAGAGCUUUGAAACCGUUUGCGAUCGCUCAUGGCUUGUGCCAUUGGGAACUUCUAUCUACAUGGUCGGCGCCGCCGUCGGAAAUAUAGUCGCUGGUUGGUGCGCUGGCCAUUUUGGUAGACGGAAGGCACUUAUAUUCUGCUCAGUCAUUGAGGUUGUGAGCGGCAUUUGGACAUCCCUGUCGCCUAAUUACACAAGCUACAUUAUAGCCAGGGGAGUUAUGGGAGCUGCGUCUACUGGGAAGCUUAAUAUCGCCGGCAUUUUGGUUCUGGAGUUGACAGUUGCUCGGUACAGAUCUACUUUUCGUUCUCUGCUAUCAUUUGGAGUAUCCUGUAUGUACCGGGCGAUGAUGGUUGUUCUUGCCUAUUAUAUAACAGAGUGGAAAUGGCUGAAUCUAGCGAUAAUGAGCCCAAACGUACUGAGUAUCUUUUACCUGUUUGUUGUGCCUGAAUCUCCAAGAUGGCUUUUUUCACAAAAACAAUUCACGUAUGGUGUCCGUGUUUUCAGAACGGCCUACCGUUGGAAUCACCUCAAUCGACCCAAGGACAAGUGGGCUCAAUUCAGACGGCUGUCGCUCGUAGCCUCCAGAGAGGAGCAAAAUUGCAAAGCAAUUACCACUUCAAAUGAGGCAAAACCUUGCUCCUGUACUACUGUGCUACAUUUAUUGAGAAACCGGCAGAUGCUCAAAACCGUUAUAUUGUCUAUUUCCAUGAUGACCGGAAUGUCCAUGGUUUUCUCCGGAUUACUAUUCUAUGCUCGAGCUGUGCGGCACUACGUGUAUCUAGUCGGAUUACUAAACGCCGUUGUCGCUUUUCCUGGUGUUGUACUAUUUUUCUUGCUAUACCGAUUAGUGCGGCAUCGAAAAAACCCAUUAAUGUACCUUAUUGGACUCACAGCUCUUGUACUGGGGUCGAGCGCCUUGUAUGUGAUGGUGUGGCAGCCAACCACCGAUCUCGUCCUCAUGGUUUUCUCAAAUGUUGCCCUAUUUCUAAUGCAAGCCGCUCUAAAUAUGAGUGUUCUCUACAUUCCAGAACUCUUCUCUUCAGAGUUUCGAACCCAAGGAUUUGGACUCAUCCUUUGUUUUUCCAAACUGGGUGGAAUUACCUGCAGCUUUGUGAACAUUUUGGAUUAUCGGAUUCUGCACGGGACCCCGUUGCUAGUGUAUGCGUGUGUGAUGUUUUUGGCUUUGAUUAGUACCGCUUUCCUUCCGGACACCAGUGGUGAAAAUUUACCAGAUAACUGAUUGUUUUUGUAAAUGUGCAUCGGAUGGGCAAUUUCACAUUUGAAGCUACAGUGAGUGACAUACUUCUGCUCCUUUUUCAUCUAAAGAAUGUAUGACUUUCCCUCAUGAGUUUAUGAGAUACAGCCUGAAAGGGCUGAUGCAAUACUUUCGGAUUGCCCCUAAUACACGUAACCACUAGUUUUGAU